ACACAGCAUAAACUGUUCCAGCAAAAGGAAGGGACAGAAAUGUGACUAGAGCUGAUCUGCUUCAGAUCCUUUUUAAGUCACACUAGGUAGAGUAAAUAUACAAGCAGAGGGGAUUACUGUGCUUCCCUCCCAUCCUUUACUUCAUACUCCCCUCUCUCUCCCUCUUUCUCUCUCUCUCCCUCUGCCCUGAUGCAGUUGGAUGUCUUCAACUUUUCCUCAACUUUUUUUUUUUUGGCAGAAGUAAAUCCUGCCUCCUUCACCGAUAUAUUUGGCUUUAAAAUAGCUGCUGAAUGAACAAAAUAAUGAACAAAAUACCUGAAGAUAAGUGACAAGUCUGCCCAGGAAGAAAAAGAGGAUCUGAGAGUUUACUGACAGGAGAAAAGUUGGGAUAGACACUGACAAACUCUUCCUGCCCCAGUUACUGAGAAGAAACCAAACACAGGAGUUUUGUGAAAGUCAGAAGAAGCAUGCAGUCAUGGAUUACAAUGGGGAGUGUAGCCCAACAAUGAACCGCAACAUUAUAAGUAGUGGCGAACAAUCCAGCUCUCACAACAGUCCUGGUUUAUCAACUCCAGUUCCUUCCUGGGAUUUAAAAUGGCCAUCUAAUAAAAUGAGUGAAGACGUUGCCGCUUCAUACUGGUCUGGGGCCUGGCAGGCAGAGCAGAAGGGACAAGCUGGAAAAUCUUCAGAAGAGACAGAAGUGGAUGUGAGAGAAAGAGACAUACAGAGAGACAGACUGCGAGACAGGAGGGCGAGAGACCGGGCAUUCAGAGACUCUUGCCCUGACAACUCCAUGCAGUUCGGAACGAGGACGCCGUCAAGCGAGCCUGGGUACAUGGGGGCAUGGCAGAACUGUGAUGCCAAUCUUCUCUUCAGAAUGUCCCAACAGGCCAUCCGAUGUACACUUGUAAAUUGCACAUGCGAAUGUUUCCAGCCUGGGAAGAUUAACCUGAGAACCUGUGACCAAUGUAAACAUGGCUGGGUGGCACAUGCUUUGGACAAGCUCAGCACUCAGCACCUGUACCACCCGACACAAGUGGAGAUUGUACAGUCCAACGUGGUUUUUGAUAUUAGCAGCCUCAUGCUGUAUGGUACGCAGGCUGUGCCUGUGCGGCUCAAGAUCCUGCUGGACCGUCUUUUCAGUGUACUCAAACAGGAAGAGGUCCUACACAUCUUGCAUGGCCUGGGAUGGACACUGCGAGAUUAUGUACGUGGAUACAUACUUCAGGAUACUGCUGGCAAAGUCCUGGACCGUUGGGCCAUUAUGUCUCGAGAAGAAGAGAUCAUCACUCUACAGCAGUUUUUAAGGUUUGGAGAGACCAAAUCCAUUGUGGAGCUCAUGGCCAUUCAAGAGAAAGAAGGUCAGGCAGUGACCGUGCCUUCCUCAAAAGUUGAUUCAGACAUAAGAACUUUUAUUGAAACCAACAACCGCACCAGAAGCCCAAGUGUACUCUCACACUUGGAAAACAGUAACCCUUCCAGCAUUCACCACUUUGAGAACAUGCCCAAUAGCCUUGCAUUCCUCCUGCCGUUCCAGUAUAUCAACCCAGUUUCCGCUCCUAUGCUUGGAUUACCUCCUAAUGGGCUCAUGUUAGAGCAUCCUGGACUGAGGUUGCAUGAACCUAGCAAUUCCAAUCAGAAUGAAUGUGAAGAGACCAGUGAGUCUGAGGUCUCCCCUAUGCCUUACAGUAGGAAUGAGCAAACAUCCAAUAGAAACGCCUUGAGUAGCAUCACAAAUGUAGAGCCAAAAACAGAGCCAAACAAUGCCUCACCCACACAGUCGACUACACCAGUCAAUGACAUAAAUAAAUCUGAGCAUAUCAAAAGUUCCUUUAAGAUUCACAGAAUGAGGAGGAUGGCAGCAUCAUCACGGAAAGGAAGGGUGUUUUGCAAUGCAUGUGGCAAAACUUUUUAUGACAAAGGAACUCUAAAAAUUCACUACAAUGCUGUGCAUCUUAAGAUAAAGCACAGGUGUACUAUUGAAGGCUGUAACAUGGUUUUCAGUUCUCUUAGAAGUAGAAAUCGUCACAGUGCAAAUCCCAAUCCCCGGCUUCACAUGCCAAUGCUAAGGAACAAUAGAGAUAAAGAUUUAAUCCGUGCAACAUCUGGUGCUGCUACCCCUGUCAUUGCAAGUACAAAAUCUAGCCUUUCAUUAACCAGCCCUGGUCGUCCUCCAAUGGGCUUUUCAACACCACCUUUGGACCCUAUUUUGCAAAAUUCACUUUCCAGCCAUCUAGUAUUUCCAGCUUUAAAAACUGUGCAGCCAGUUCCUCCUUUUUACAGAAGUUUAUUACAUUCAGGAGAUAUGGUGAGUCCCCCAACAUCACUACCUACUAGUCCAAUAUUGCCAGCACCUCUGGGAGUGGAACAGCCUCUUCCUCCUCUGCCUCAAGAGCUGCCAGUAUCUGUGAUUAACAUGGCUCCCCAGGACUCUAAUACAGAUCUUGCCCCUAAGAAAAAGCCACGCAAAUCAAGUAUGCCUGUUAAAAUUGAGAAGGAAAUCAUUGAUACUGCUGAUGAAUUUGAUGAUGAUGAUGAUGAAGAAGAAAACAUUGAUCACGGCCCUCCAACAAAUGAUGUUGGACACGAUAGCCAUUCUCAAGGUGAGGUGAGCCCUGGAUUGUCGAUAAACAGUUACUCAAAAAUGAGUGGCAGUAGGUGCAUUCUGAGGACAGACACCCGAGCGAACAGUAUAACUUCAGAGGAUCAGGAACAUGAGAGAGAUUUUGAAAAUGAAUCAGAGUCUUCUGAGCCAAAGUUUUGUGAUGAACCAAUGGAAGAUGAUCAUCUUUCCCUUCACAAAGAAAGCAGCAUCAGGACAGACAAUAAUAAAUCCUAUGAAAACCAUAUUGACUGCCAUCAACAGGCUGUAAUAAAGGUCAAGGAAGAGUUUACAGACCCAACCUAUGAUAUGUUUUACAUGAGCCACUAUGGACUUUACAAUGGGGGUAGUGCCGGCAUGGCAGCACUUCAUGAAAGCUUAGCUUCGUCAUUGAGCUACGGAAGCCCUCACAAAUUCUCUCCAGAUAGUGACCUAUGUUCAAGCCCAGAUCCUAAAAUUUGCUAUGUGUGCAAAAAGAGUUUCAAAAGCUCAUACAGUGUGAAGCUUCAUUACAGGAACGUUCAUUUGAAAGAGAUGCAUGUCUGCACAGUAGCCGGUUGCAAUGCUGCUUUCCCUUCCCGACGAAGUAGAGACAGACACAGUGCCAAUAUUAACCUCCACCGCAAACUGUUGACCAAAGAACUGGAUGAGAUGGGGCUGGACUCCUCUCAGCCCAAUCUCCGAGAUGAGUUCUUGGCAAAGAUAUAUGGUGGUCAACAUUCCUUGGGCUUGGAUAUUAGAGAAGAUACCAUUUCGCCAGUUGGUACAGAAGAUUCCCACAUUAAUGGGUAUGGACGGAGUCUGGCAGAAGACUACAUGGUCUUAGAUUUGAGCACGACCUCCAGCAUGCAGUCUAGCAGCAGUGUCCACUCUUCUAUGGAGUCUGAUGUGGGCAGUGAUGAGGGCAUCCUGCUAGAUGACAUUGAUGUUGCCAGUGACAUUGAGGAGUCCUCUCAGAAAGCUGAUUCUUCUGCCUCUCUCAUGGGACCAGGCAAUGAUGUGACAGAAUCUUCCUUAUACAACAGCUUUGCCAUGAGUAAUGGUGGAAUAAUGUGCAACAUUUGCCACAAAAUGUACAGCAACAAGGGGACCCUGCGGGUUCAUUAUAAGACAGUGCACUUGCGAGAGAUGCAUAAAUGCAAAGUUCUUGGAUGUAACAUGAUGUUCUCCUCAGUACGCAGCCGAAACCGGCACAGUCAAAACCCUAAUCUCCAUAAAAACAUUCCUUACUCUUCUGUGGAAUAGCUUCCAAAUGGACACUGUAAACUCCAUGUUUCACAGAUAACACAAGUGAACUGCUCCAUAUUUAUAUAUACGUACAUAUAUAUAAAAAUGUAUAUGUAUGUUAUAUAUCUAUAUAUAUAUAUAUAGAUAUAUAUAUAAAUCUAGAUAUAUAUUCUUUUUUAACGAAAAGAGAAAAAGAAAACUACAAAACACUAGGUGCUUUUUUAUUUUCACUUAUAGGUGAAGUUGCCCUGAAGAGGACUAAAAAGAAGCAUACAAACAGAAAACACAGUCACUUAUACCAGUUUUUGUAACGGAAUGAAGUACUUGAUUAUCUCCAAAGAUAGUGUCUUAAUAUUCCAGUGACUAUUGCUUGCAAGAGAAAAUAACGAACAAUUGUUUUAAUUUACAAAAACACACCUAGGUAUUUUUUGAGAAGACUAAGCAUGGCAGAUUCACCUGUAAAUAUGGAGUCCCCUCGGUUGGACAGUAUUGUAUUGAUGGUUAUGUACGCCUAGUUUCCUGUUGCAGUUCCAUCAGUCUGUAUGCAGGAAAAUUGGCAACUGUCAGCUCUGUCUCUUUAUUUUAGCUUCAAUGCACAUUUUUGCAACACAGACACCGAAACAUGCCCAUUUUGUGACUACCUGCUAGUUGUAGUAUUAUCCUGGUGUUGCAUGCUUACAGCACUAUCUAUUCAUUGAUUUAUUUUCCCUUUUGUCUUGUACUAUUUGUAUAAAAGCAGUAAUGCACUUUCCCCACUUAAACACUACAAUGUGUGUAAUGAUAUCUCUAUUUUAACUCUUCGGUGCUGAGAAACGUAAGAUGCUGGUGUAACUAUACCAACCCCAACACACACCCUGUCAACUGAAGUGGCUGAAAUAAUUUCAUUAUACUGGGAUGAUUUGUCCUGACAGGGCUGGACUGGUAAAUGGCAUAGUUGCCAAAUAAAGCAAGUAUUAAUGGAGUUUUGCAAGUAGAAAUGCCAAUUUUGCACAUAUAACUAAAAUGCAUAAUACAUUCUGCGAAGGCGCAAGCCAUAUAUUAUGUCCUUUAGAAAUAAAACUCGAAUGUUUCAGAAACAUCACUCCAGCGAUAAAUAAGACCCUCUAUUCCCAUUCUCAAGCUGGAUAGGGAUGCAGGUUGUGUCAUAUGCCAGAAGAAGGAAUAAAAGUUGCUUGGCUAUAUGUUAUAACAUAGAACAAUCAAUAUUUUUUUUUUUUGGGACUCACAGAGUUCAUCUGCAUAAGUGUUGCACAUGUAUAUGGAAGGACCACAAUAUUGAUCAGAUUGUUUGAUAAUAUACAGUGGAUUUCCUAUUUCCAAUAGUACUAGAUAUGUAACACCCUUGUAUUGUACAGUAUAUGCUUGUUUUCACACUACUCAAUGAUGAAGUCUUAUUUUGAUGUAUAUGAGUGACAGUAUUACAGGGAUUUAAAAGUCUUUCAAAAUUUGAAACGAAGAAUGACUAUACCUUAAUAUUGUAUAAAGCAGUGCUUUUACACAUACUGUACAUUUUGUAUGGGUUAAAUCUUAUGCUGCAAAACAUUAUUAGUCAUUGGUGUUCACUAAAAAUAUAGUAAAAAGAAUGAUGUUCUGUUAGUUUAUUAUAAGGCAGUCAGGUCGAAAUUAGGAUGGUCUUCUCUUCUUUUUAAUAAAAAAACUGCUAAUUUGCCAGAAACUAUCACACAGGUGGGAUCUGUUUACACGGAUAUAAUGCUGCAGUUUUGCAUCUCGUUAAUACUGUCUACUAACUGUGAGUGGCAGAGCUGCUCAUCCUAUAGUGUCUAAACAAAAAAAGCCUACACCCAAUUUAAAAGUCAGCAGUUUAGCCUGUAGCACUCAUACAUUAGGAGGUGUAUCUCACAAACAAAGAGUGUCCCAAAAAACGUCAGAGCCUCCCUCUUUUACUAAUUGAGGGAAGGCAUGAUGAUUCAAAUUCAUGAUUGGAACAUAUUCAGCUUUUCUAGCGAAUUGGUCAUGGAACGUAUUAGACCUCAAUAAAGAAACAUUAUUGCAAAAAGGAAAGUGUUCCCUUUAAGUGAUUCAGCAAACAAAAACUGUUCAUCUCUCCAGAGGUAAUGUCACAAGACAUCCUGCAGUAAAGGAUUUUAAUAUUAAAUAUCAAAAUUUACAAGCCUAGACCUGUAUAUAAUAAAUAGAUGCAGGGGGCUGCCCUAACCUCCCCUGAUAUAAGACUCAGCCAAUGUUAAUCCCAUGACAUUUAUAUAACCAGAAACAGGCAGGAGCAGCAGUGUUUUUGCGUCUUUUGGCUUUGUCCUGGGAAUUGAUAUAUAUACAUUGGAAACCAGCAAAUAUUUCUCUCAGUAUUUGGGUGGUCAGAAAGGCUUUGUGACUUCACCAUCAUAACAGGUUCCUUACAUUGGGCCAAAAGUUGAAGCACUUACAGUAUAAUAGCUAAGGAGCACAUGUGCUCGACUUUAAAUAGAACACAUUCAUAUUGUAAUGAACCCCCCACCCAGAAAGAGUAGUGAUAUAAAUGUUCCUUUUCUUCUGUAGUUAUGUAGAGAAGAACACAUAGAAACGUAAUUAAAACAGCGCAAGGCACUUUUUUCUUGAAACCCUUAUGUGUUUCCAGUGUUUACGCAUCUUGCCUGAACUGGUGUGCCACAGGUAGCAUACGUUGCAAAAAACUGUACCAGUUACAGUAUAUUUGCAUAACUUCAGCAUUCUGCCAAAAUUGUACAUUUCUAUCUGCAUUAACGCUUUUCUUUCUGUUUUCCAAUCAAUACCUCCGAGUACAAUCUAAACUCUGAGAUUGUUGUGCAUUGCGGUAUCUCUCUGUAUGUUGUAUCCUAAAGCUCCGAGUUUCAUUGUUUUUUUUUUUUUUUAAGUUACAGCACUAGUUAGCUAUGAUUAUCCAUGCCUUGUUUGUUAUAUUUGCAGCAAAUGCCUCAUGUUUGCCAAAGGAAUUUAUUAUAUGCGUCUUUUUUGUUUUUAAGUUGACUUAUUGUAUAUGGCACUCGUUAUGGAUUCCAAAACAUACACAUUUCUAGCAGACAAGACAGUAUUUACAAUUACACUGAUUGCUGAAAUUUUUGUUAUCAAAGAACUGUAAGAAAAUGCCCAAAAAGGAAUGACCGGUUAUGUUUCUUCCUGGGUCCAUGGUGAUUAAAGACUGAAAAUACUUGUGAAA